AUGGCAAUCAAGACAACAGUGAAAGAAAAAGUCUAUCCAAAGCAGAUUACGAACAAAUGCAACCCGUAUCAAUCAAAGGAAGAGGUAUUGAAAGCUAAAUUCGUUAAAGAAAUUGGUUUUGGAAUAAAAACGCCUGAAACUGCGCACGAAAACUACGUGGACAAAAAGUGCCCUUUUACAAGUGAUAUUACAGUAAGAGGUAGGAUAUUCCUGGGUCAAGUGAUUAAGAUGAAAGCUGAGAAAACAAUUGUUGUUGCAAUUAAGUAUCUGUUUUACGACCAGAAGUAUAAGAGGUACGCAAGAAGAAACACUAAGAUCAAUGUCCAUUUGAGCCCAUGUUGGAAUGGUUUAGUUAAAGUAGGUGACGUUGUUAAGUGCGGAGAAACAAGACCACUCAGUAAGACUAAAGCAUCUUGUGUCGUUGCAAUUCAUAGGAAGGCAGACGACAAUAGUGCAAAUGUUCUACGUAUUUAA